UAAUAAGUUGGGGAUGACGUCGGCAGUGGAGCGCACCGAUGACCUGGUGAGGGAGUACCUGACAUUCCGCGGUUUCACCAACACCUUGAAACACUUUGAGGCGGAUAUUAAGACGGAUAGGGAAAAGGGCUUCCGGGUGGAUCGGAUUGUGGAGCAGUUGUUGCAGUUUAUCCAGAACUAUGACCUGAAUGGGCUGCUGGAUUACUGGGGGUAUCUGGAGCGGCGACUCUUCAGCCGCCUGGAAGACGUCUACCGUCCGACCGUUAACAAGCUGAAGACCAGUCUGUUCCGGUAUUACCUGGUCUGCACCAUACAAAGCAGUCGGACGGACAAGGCGCAGGACUUUUUCCAGAAGCAGGCGCCGGAACUGCAGAACCAGACUGAAUGGAAGGAGUGGUUUGCUCUUCCUUUUCUUCCUGCACCCGAUGUCAACCCGACCUUCUCCACCUACUUCUCCCGACAGUGGGCGGACACCUUCACCGUGUCCCUGCACAACUUCCUCAGUGUUCUAUUCCAGUGCAUGCCUAUUCCAACUAUCCUGAACUUUGACGCCGAGUAUCAGAGAAUGUGUCACAUCCAGGAAGAGAACGAGGCUCUGAAGCAGAAGCUGUUUGCUCUGCAGGCCGAGGCUCACCGGUUGAAAAAAGAAGGCGAUGACGGCCCUAUGGUUCACCACAAGCUGCCCCACUACGUCUCCAACAUGGAUCGCCUUGGAGACUCUGAGCUAACCAUGAUCUUCAGUCAGAGAACCUCAGGAUCUGUUGUCCAGUCUCAGAAGACGACCGGGUUCCUCUCUUCUUUACUCCCACAGAGUAAAAAGGUAGUGCCGAAACCUCCUCAGUCCACCAUGUCUUCCCCGACACAGAACGCCGCCGGUCUACCGCUGAAGAAGGAUCCGGGGAACAGUCAGGCCCAGAAAACAAAGGAGAUCCUAAAUGUGACCAAGGAGGCCAAAAACCCGCCCAAUGUACUCGGCGUCCCCGCAGCCACCGACCCCAGUAUGGUGCAACAGCGGCAGCGGCGCCUCCAGGAGAGGAAGGAACUGUUGGCCAAAACACAGUUACAGCAAAGCAUAGAGAAGAAGCCCGAGACUGUAGAAUCGGAGCCUGAGCCUCGCCUUGAGACCCAACAUGACCCGGUGGAUGCCCUGAUGAAGGGGGUAAAGGGGAGUUCUUCAUCCGGAGGGGAGAAGCCGGAGCAGCCCUUUAUAGUCCUCAGCCAGGAUGAGUACGGAGAGCACCACUCCUCCAUCAUGCACUGCAGGGUAGACUGCUCGGGGCGGCGCGUUGCCAGCUUGGACGUGGACGGCGUUAUCAAAGUUUGGUCCAUCGAUGGGAUCAUGCAGACCAAGGCCUCGGCCAUAUCCAAAUCCGCCCUCCUGUCCCUGGAGUGGGCGACCAAGAGGGACAGACUGCUCUUACUGGGCAGUGAAGUUGGCACUGUUCGCCUCUAUGACACGGAAGCGAAGAAGAACCUAUGUGAGAUCGGGAUCUGUGAUGACAUGCCGAGGAUCCUCUCUCUGGCCUGUAACCCCAGCGGGACAUCCUUCGUCUGUUCUGCGGCAGCUCCGUCCUUAGUGGUAGAUCCAGUCACCCCCGGAGUAGGAGAGAAUGGUAGCAACCAAGUACCGGGAAGGUUAUUGCUGUGGGACACUAAAACCAUGAAACAACAGUUGCAGUUCUCCCUGGAGCCGGUGCCGAUCGCUGUGAACUGUACGUCUUUUAAUCACAAUGGUAAUCUGCUGGUCACCGGAGCCGCGGACGGAGUCAUCAGACUUUUUGAUAUGCAGCAGCACCAGUGCGCUAUGAGCUGGGUGGCGCACAAGGGAGAGGUGUACUCUGUAGACUUCAGCUACGACGAGAACGCCGUAUACAGCAUCGGAGAGGACGGAAAGUUUAUUCAAUGGAACAUUCACAAGAGCGGGCAGAAAGUCUCCGAGUAUUCGCUGCCCCCGGACGCCACCGGUCCCUUCAUGCUGUCCGGGUACAGCGGGUACAAGCAGGUGCAGUUCCCCCGCGGACGACUCUUCGCCUUCGACUCUGAAGGCAACUACAUGCUGACGUGCUCCAGCAAUGGCGGAGUUAUUUAUAAGCUGAACAGUGACGGCAGUACGCUGGAGAAUUGUCUGUCCCUCGGCGGGCAUCGGGCCCCUGUGGUCACCGUGGACUGGAGCACGGCGGUGGAGUGUGGCACCUGCCUGACCGCCUCCAUGGAUGGAAAAAUCAGACUGACCACCCUGCUGGCCCAAAAAUGAUAACCAGCUGCCACCCCAAGGGGGAGCUCCAGGCUUCAAGGAAGUUCACCCGAAUCCCAGCUUUCUGCAACUUUCUCCUAUGCCCUGUGCUUUAAGAUCUCUGCUUGCUGUGAGUGAAUGGGAACAUUCUA